UAAAACCACGUUUUUCCUCUCUCAUGCUGUCUCAGAUGUCUUACGCGGAGAAAAGAGGUUGACAGCACAACAACAGAAGAGGAGCGAUAAAAACAUACACCAGAGAAACGUUUCUUAAAAGCAGCCGCUGUAACGGAAUGAAGGUGCUGACUUCACAGCAGGAGGUGGAGGAGGAGGGCCGCUCAUCUCCUGUUGACUCCAAUAACUAUCACAGCUUUGAGGACAGAGAACAGGAGGAAAUUCGCCCAUACCUCCAAGAGGAAAACACACAUGAUACAGAUAAGGACCACUCCAUGCCAGAAGGAGGAGUCAUGUGGAGAGUGGGUGGCGGCCUGUUCAGCAUGACACGAAACGUUGUUGGUGCAACCCUAGGGGGUGUUGCAUGGGUAGGAACUAAAAGUUUUGAGCUCACCAAGACAGCUGUGACCAGUGUGCCGGCAGCCAGUGUAGGACUGGUCAAAGGGAGUGUCUCCAUGGUUACAGAAGGUGUCGGAGCAGUGGGAUCUGUGGUGGCAAGUAAAGUCACACCAAGGAAGAAGGACAAAGCUGACUGAUGGACCGUGGGCUGUGUGUGUGCGCGUAUAUGUGUGUGCGCGUAUGUGUGUGCGCGCAUGUGUGUGUGUGUGUGUGUGUGUGUGUGUGUGUGUGUGUGUGUGUGUGUGUGUAAUGCAAACGAGCAAAAUACCUCAAAAGCUUUGAAUGGAUUUUCAUCAUAGUUCUUCUGAUUUAAGCAGAUUAUUCACUCAUGCAGCUAUAAAGAUACAAAAGCAGCUAGAUGUCAGUCAUUGUCAAUUAAAACCUGCUACACUAGGAGGCACAGGCAUCAAUGGUGCAAAGGUGCAACAAGUAUUCAAUAAUGGAAGGCUUAGAAAGGUUUGACUUUAUGUAAAUGUCUUCUGGUGCAUAGAAGCAACACAUGGGAUUGACACAGAAAAUAAUGCCCAAGUACAAACAUGUUUAAAAACUCAAAAUUGAGUGAGAGGCCUCAGACAGCCUGUUACUUUUUAUCUGCAGGUCUGCAGGUCUGAACAAAUGGAUCCAACUGUUUGAGUUCAAAAGAAAACAUUUUUGUUAAGAAUACUAUUAAUAUAGAUUAUCAUAAAAUUAUAAGAAAUUUUGUGUUUGAGUUUGGGAUCAUAUGGUAUGUCCCGAAAUAGACUGUUUAGGUAAAAGUACAAAUAGUUCCAUUGGGAAUGAAGAAUGAGUGAUACAGUUCUACACGUAUGUUACUAAGGAGUCUGGGUACUUUCUGUUUCUGGGUUCUCCACAUUUCUACAUAGGAGGUGGAGAGUGCAGAGUAAGCAUGACCCAUUAGUCAGACAACAAUGAGAAUUACAUCCAGGUAUAAAAUUAUUAUAAUUAUACUUUAACUUCAGCUAUGCCUAGAGAAUAUAAACUUAAUCCUCAAUUUAAAUCCUAACAUAGGGAUUAAAACCUUUAAGGAUUCACUGACAUUUUGAAUCAGUUUUCAUCAGUGUUGGAACUAGUUUGUUUUUUUUUGUAAAAAAAAAACUUUUUGUUGAAUCCGAUGAUUCCUGUUUAUGUUCCCUCUUCUUCGGUGAAACUAGCAUCUGAUAGGAAUUCGUGAUCUGCUUUACGUCAUUUCAGCCUGACGAGGUAAUUUUGAGUUGCACUGAGGCUGCUUUACCCAGCAUCCAGUUAGCAUAAGUUGAGCAAGUUUACAGAGAAGCAAUAAGCAAAAACUUGAUGAGGACCUCUGAUAUAGAAGGGAAUAGGAGCAAAGAGAGAAAGUAAAAAUAAAAACUUCUGUCUUUAGUGUACUUUUUUUCUCUUCACCGAGGGCAAUAAAUACCAUGGGCUGUGUUAGUGGGGGUGUGUUACUAUAGGUUCUGGUGAAAAGAUGAAUCUAGGAAGUCCAGGUUGACAAAUAGAUUUAUGAGUUAGAAAGCUUAUCACGUUGGUUUAUACCUUAUAAUACAGAAUUUUACAACAGGAAAGCAUGUCAACAAUCAUUUUAUCCUCUGUUACGAUCACUAUGAAGUAAACAGUAGAAUGGUGCUGUUCACAUUAUAAGAUAAUCAAUUGUGCCAACACAAUGGUCUCAUUGAAACUAAUGAGGCUGUGUCGGUCUGAACACAGCAUUCGGCUUAUCAUGGGACAAGCAGCAAGUGACUAGUUUUUGGUGUCGAUAGCACCACUAUGUGGUCAUUGUCCUCUUUCUCAUAAUUCCCAAACCAGUUUUUCAAACAGCUAUUCACAAGUUCAACACCGGAGGUUUGAAACCUGGACUAAAGUAAGACAUGGGACCAUGAUUCAGAGGUAUGGAACCAGACUAGGACAUUUCAGAAGGGUAGAGAGUCAACAUUGAACGUAGUUGUAACAUAGGCGUAGAUUUAGGUAUGGACAGUAAAGUGUAUUCCUUCCAAUGUUAGGGGGCUUAAUUGUCCCUAACAGUAUCUUUAAUGAGCUCAAACUGUCAGCUGUCAUUUUAAUUACUUAUAGUGUUACCACAGAAAGGUCUGAGCAGCAUAGAGUUACCAGACCUGACCUGAUGAUACCACCAAAUUUACAUUAAGAGUAAUCCUAGCGAGCAAGAAUAAUCAGGCCGGCUGCCAAUUCUGGUUGGCGUGCUAUGCUAACGUCGACCAUUGUUGUCAUAACUUUAGGCAAAAAUGCCCCCAUAAAGGCAAAGUAUGGUGGAAAUCAGAACCUUUUUAAAAUAAGAACCUAAGUGUAAGAAAUAACAUCUCUAAUAAGAGUUUGUUUAAGUGUUUAAAGAUAAGCAAACAACUAAUAUCAUCUUUGACAUCAGUAACUUGUACAGCCCUACCCUGAUGAUUACGAAACUGACACCCUCACUCCCCACGCACACUGUUCGUGUGUGGAUCAGAAUAAAUUUUAUUACUGUAUGGGUCUUUAUGACAUAAACAUUACUUCAAUAUGCAAAAUUAGCCAUAGCAUGUCUAACUGAUGUGUUUGUUUGUGAAUGUCAUGCAUCAUUUUUAGGAUUUAGGUUUUGCAGGUGGAACUGCAGGGUCUCAGUCGAGCUUUGAUGUAAUAGUGAAAGGACUGGCUGUAAGUUAAUGAGCUGAUUAAAUGUUGAUUGGGAGGGUUUAAAGAUAAGUAAGAUAGGUUGAAGCAUAACUUUAUUAUUUGCGGGAAACGCUUGAGUCAAAUCAACAGACUGAAAGAAAGGACAGAGCCGCAGAAUCUCAGUUGAGGUUUGAAAAUGACUGACAGCAGACAGUUUGUUAUAACAGAAUAGCAUAAAUUGGAGUUAGACUCUAUCAUAUUUAAAAUUUAAGUCACAGACUCACAUUAACAAAACGAAACAUCACUUUAAAUAUAAAAAAAAAUCCAUGCAAAUACAAAUAUGAAUCCUGUUUUGGGCAAGUUAUAUAAGAACAUGCAUAUUGCAUAAAGCAGCCAUUUUUGCGGAACCAAACUCGUGUUUGUGCACGUGAGCAAGUACACACACACACACACACAAAUUUGCCUAUUACUUGUCCAAUAAAAAAUGUCCCUACCAAAGUUAAAACCAAACCUACCCCCUUCAGUUAAAGGACAGUUUCCCCCGAUGAACCUUACUGUUUAGCUUCCCUCAAACCACUGGUUAGCACUGCAUGCAGUAGUACGCUAAAUAACAACAACAACGUUUUUUGGUUUUGUUUUUUUUCCAAAUUGUUCAAAAUUAAUAUUGAGAUUAUGUACCUUUUGUUGAUAUUAUUUCUUAUGAUGUGUGUGUAUAUUAGCAGUUACUGUAUGUCUUAACCAUUGUCUUCGCUCCCAACCUAUGAGUUAACUUGACAUUUCUUAACAUCUAUCUGUUACUGUUGUUGCAUGGAGAUCAGAAAUUUUGGUAGAAUCCCAUUUCACAACUGUUACAAUCACAUUUUAUGAAGAAUAAAUCUAAAGAAAGAUAACAUGAAACAUCCGCUUGCAUACUGCAAAUCUAAUGAAUUUGAUUUCAGACUAGCAAAGGGCAGAGUAAGCUAUAUGAUACACUAUACUGAAACUGAAGAGGGUCAAGUGUUGCUGGCAAAUAUGUUUGGUUUUACUGUGUUCAUUUACAGGUUAACCACAGUAUGUUGUCACUGUGAAACUGCAGCCUUUAUUGUUAUGUCAGAUAGUGAAUGAUUGUGAGUUCUUCACAUUACAGUUGUAAUGUCAAAAAUGACACACUGACUGACACUCAAAAUUCAAAACAUAAGAUUAACUGUUUUGGUUGUUUGCCAAAAGAGAACUGAGAUCGAUAAUUUUUAUUUUACCCCUAUUGUGCUUAAUGUGCCCAACAAAACAGCAAUAACACAGGUCAAAAUGUCAUUGCAGUAUGUAAAUGUACAAAUGCAAUAGGUCAGUGUUAGACUGUCAGUAUGGGACCUUCACUCUGGUAACUUUCUGUGGAGUUCGUGGAGCAAACCAGAGCAGUAAUGCGUUUUUAAUGGUUCCAUGUUUUUCUGGAAUCAUUUCCUUGAAAGAACUACGUGAUUAAUUACAGGCAGAAUAGAGACAGAGUUCAUCUCAUACACUUUCAGUUGAUUAAUUCCAAUUACUUGUUUGUGUAACCUAGAGAAUCUAGUAAAUACAUUGCAGGUCAUCUGAACAUGCAUAACUGAAAUAUGUCAAUAGCAAGCAUUUCUUCAUGUAUGAAAAAAAAAAACAUUUCAGUUGUAAACGAAUAUUUUAUAUUUAUUUGGGUUUAAAGUGAGUUUAAAGUGAAAUUUCCUUUCAAGGAAAUUCCUAUUUUCUUAUAAUUACUACCAGAAUUACAGAGUUCUUUCCAGACAACAAAAACAAAUUGCAUUCCUGGUGAAAAUUAAUGGCACCCCUGAAUUUUAA